UUGAUAACCUAACCCUGUAGGUACUGUUCUGUAGGUACUAGGCGGCCUGAAGAAAGGCACCUAAUUCAGUAUAACGCAGGGUCUUUUAGUGCUAUAUAGGAGGUAGGUAUGGUCUCAAAAUGCAACCCGGAAAGCGUGCGUAUUCCAGGCCUAGUGAUAACAUGCGAGAAAAUACGGAAUACGACAUCAGUGGUGAUCCGCAUCUGAGCCGCCCCCCGCCUAACUUCGCAUGUCGUUGAAUUCAAGUGCUUGUUUGCUCAAGUAAAUAAGAGAGAUUAGUAACAUCUCCCAUAGCUCUCCAUGAGAAUAAACCAAUUCUCAUCAACUUUGAUGUUGCGAUCUCCUCAAAAUCUACUUAAAUCACAUACAGUUUUCCUCAUAGAUUCUCACUAAUAAUGGCUGAUAUACUUGGAAUAACCACGAUGGUGGAGGUGGAGGAGAAAGACAUCGAGUGGGUAGGCAGGCGGCCACAGAAACCUCUCCAGAUCGUCGAGUACAGGCCCGAAUGGCCAGCCAUGUUCGCAGACGUCGAGAGACGCAUCCGACAAGCCCUCGGGGACCGGGCCAUUCUAGUCCAGCACGUCGGGUCCACCAGCGUGCCCGGCUUGCCUGCGAAGGACAUCAUCGACAUCGACCUCGUGGUCGCUGACCCGGCCGACGAAGAGUCCUACGUGCCUGAUCUCCAGGCCGCGGGGUUCGUGUUGUUACUCCGCGAACCCGUUUGGUACCAACACCGCUUCUUCCACUUCGAAGAGCCGUACACGAAUCUGCACGUCUUCGGCGCCGACAGUCCUGAACUGGUGCGGCACAGGCUUUUCCGCGAUUGGCUUAGAGAGCACGAGGACGAUCGCAGGCUGUACACGGGUAUGAAGCGCGAAGCUGCCGAGGCAGCGGCUGCGGCGGGCGAGGGCACUCAGCAGUAUAAUGACCGUAAAGAGCCGGUCGUAAGGGAGAUACUGCAGCGCAUAUUCGAAGCGCAUGGGUUGUUGAAGCCGUUGAAUUGAGCGAGCGUGGUUUGGAGGUAAUAGAUGAUUUUGACAGCUCUAUAUUUUGGGACUUCUUUGCGUCUCGCAAUAUACCUAACCUAUAUAAAAGCGAUAAUAGAGUAAAGGGGGUUGAUUGAUAUAAUCACAAUCAUAGAUGAUACUCAUCCUAUGAUGAUUU